UGCGUUAAUUCGAGAAUUGAUUUCAUUUUGUACAUUUCGUACUAUAUACAACUGGAGAGAUUCUCACAUCAGUUUACGGCCCCAAGAUGCCCGCACGCACACAACCACCCACCCUUCACUGUAUCAUUCCCCUCCUUUGCCAUUGACUUUGCCUCAUUGAUAGGCCAUAACUCCCCGCAUGCCCGUACUCGAUACGUCCCCGUCUCCAUUUAUUUCUCGGGGAUGUAGUUUUGCUGCUGGAACAAGUAACCGCGGACCUUGGACUCUUUGAGCAGCUCGAAAUAUCUCUCUGCAAUGUCCAAUUAGUUUCCGUAUCCCAAACGAACAUAUAUUUAGAGCCACAACAAAAAAACAGAGUCAAAGGGAUGGGGUUCCGGGCAUCCUCACCUCUUAACGCUCCGCACUUCUCGAGGUGGUUGACUCCCUCGCGGUAGUAGCACUUGCCCAUCUCCUCUCUGACGAGACGUGCCAUCAUACUCCUAACCCACUGCUCGCGCAGAAUUGCGUCCUGUGCUUGCUUCAAUCGCUGCGUGUCAUCAUAGUCGACACCGUCGAAGCUCGCUGGGACCGUUGGCUUCUUGGCCAGGAACGCGACUGACUCUGGAGUGGGCGCCAUUGGAGGUGGAUCAGGGUGCGCAAAGCAAGGCGGUUGGUAGAGGCGAGGCGAUUGCGAAUCCGAGAUGUCGACUGCGGCAAUUGUUCCCAGGGCUUCACCGUUGGUCGAGCUGUUUAGAUAGAUAAUUGAAGCUCUCACCACUUCCGAGUUGUGAGGUCGGUCACGUCGAUAAUGCGCUUGGCCCAAUACAGACUAGCGUAUCCACUGACCGCCAAGAGCCCUGCGGCAGAAAACCUGCCCGCAUAAAUUUCUGUUAUCGAGGCGCUAAUAGAUUUUUCUAAUAGACCCGUGAACCCGCCCGCCAUCUUUUUUCUAUCCGAGUACAAAUACCAGACCGCUACCACCUUUCCUCUCAACCACCCUUUCCAUCCUUCACAAAUUCUCUCUUCUCCCCUAAUCACCCUUCAUCCUACACAAAUCAAACAAAAUGGGAAAAUCAAAGGAUACCAAGACCAGCAAGGUCAAGGCUCAGGCACCAGUUGUCAGCAAGAAGUCUGCUAAGGAGGUUGUCGCAAAGGCUGCCCCUUCCAAGAAGUCCAAGAAGGCCGCACCACCAUCUGAGUCUUCCGACUCCGACUCCGAGUCCGCAGAGUCCGCCGCCAGCUCCGAGUCCGAGUCCGAGGCUGAGGUCGAGGUCGAGAAGACCAACGGCGCUGCCAAGAAAGAGGUAGCUACCUCUGAUUCCUCUGACUCAUCCAGCGAAAGCGAGGAUGGUUCAUCUGAUUCUGAUUCUGAUGAUUCCAAGCCCGCCGCCGCCACCGAGGAGAGCGACAGCGACGAUUCGUCCGACAGCGAGGAGGAGGCCGCCCCUGCUAAGGAUGCCAAGGUCGCAAAGGCAACUUCUGGUUCCGAUUCUUCCGAUAGCGACGAGGAAGACUCUGACGACUCUGAGGAGGAGGAGAGCACCGAGGAGGCCGCCCCAUCCAAGAAGCGCAAGGCUGACGAUGAGGAGGAGACCGCCGCCAAGAAGUCCAAGACUGAGGUCGAGGAUACCGGAUCCAAGAACCUGUUCGUUGGUAACCUGAGCUGGAACAUUGACGACGAGUGGUUGUACCGCGAGUUCGAGGAGUUCGGUGAGAUCACUGGCGCUCGCGUCAUCUCUGACCGCGAGUCUGGCCGCUCCAAGGGUUUCGGUUACGUUGAGUUUGCCAACUCCGCCGAUGCCGCCGCUGCCCUCAAGGCCAAGAAGGGUGCUCUCAUCGAUGGUCGCGAGGCCAACGUUGACUUCUCCACUCCCCGUGACAACGCAGCACCAAAGGACCGCGCCAACGCUCGCGCCCAGACCUACGGUGAUGCCAAGAACCCAGAGUCCGACACCCUUUUCGUCGGCAACAUCUCCUUCGAGGCCAACGAGGACAUGCUCGGCGAGGCUUUCGGUGCCCACGGCACUGUCGUGAACGUCAGACUCCCAACUGAUAUGUAAGUUAUAUCACCUGCACAAAAAAAGUACUCCCCACUAAUAUUUUAUCAGGGACUCUGGCAACCCGAAGGGCUUCGGAUACAUCACCUUCUCUUCGGUUGAGGACGCCAAGAACGCCAUGGAGAACAUGAUGGGUGCUGAUGUCGGUGGACGCCCAGUUCGCCUCGAUUACGCUACCCCCCGCCCAGAACGUGAUGCCGGUGGUGGCCGUGGUGGUGGACGCGGCGGUGGCCGUGGUGGACGCGGUGGCUUCGGUGACCG